UCCCCGACUUGGACGGCAGCAAAGAUGGACGACAGUGUCUUGUGAAGAGUCCACCUGGUAAUAUACUGGAAGGUGGACAAUAUUUACAUUUACAAGCCAAUUAACCUACAAACCUUGCAGUUUGUAGUGUGGUAGAGUUUGUAGAAUGGUAGAGUUUGUCUUUGCAGUGUGGGAGGAAACCGAAGAUCUCGGAGAAAACCUAAAACCUAAUCGAGGUUUACUAGUGUCUGUGUGUUAUUUUUUGUGAGCCACUUCCACCGAUAUCAGAGUAACAGCUAACUUGAGCAGCACGGAAUGUUUCACACUUUUAUCGCUAUCUGGUUACUGGUCCUCAGCGGAAAGUGAUUGAUCACAGCAGCACGACCAAAGAUACAAACAAGUACAAGUUUAAAGGAAUCAGAAUGGACGAAGAUCUGACCUCUGUAAUCUCUGCCUUCGUGUCACAUUGUGAUGAUCACAAGCUGUUCCAGUUGACGAGAUUCUACCAGGACCGACUGGAGCAGGCGAUUGAAGAGGCAGUGGAUGGACUCAGCUUCAUGUUAAUACAAACGGGUCACUUCAGUGGACCAGAGUACCAAAAUGUGACUGAUCUCGCGAUGAAGGGAAACCAAGCGGCCGGUUCCAAACUCCUACUGGAUCUGGUAAUGGAGAAGGGCUCUGGGGCUCAAAGGGUGAUGUGGGAAUCCCUUGUGAAAAUGCGUUGUACGUUACCGAAGCUGAACAGAAUAUUGAAAGAGAUACAGGAACGUGGUGAUGGUCAGUUCGCCCACAUGGACACAGAACGGUGUUUAUCUCAAGUGCCCACUCACCUGAAAGAUCUUCAAAAGGAUCACAAGGAGACUCUGCGGGCACGGACUGAAACAUUGAGUGUGAACACAAUCCUGAUGAGGGAAAAGGUUAAGGAUUUCCAGUUGGUCGAUCAAUACGCUGCGCUCACGGUCAUCUCUACUGUUCGAGAUCGGAGCCUGGUGGAACAUGAGUUGCUGGCAAGAGGCCGGGACCAUGAGAAGUGCAGAGUGAAAUGGCUCCAGAGAGAGUUGGAAAAAAUCCGGAUUGAUCAAUUGUUUCAGAGCUGCUUUUUCCAAAACGUGUCUUAUUGGGACCAAAUCUGGCGUUUUUUCGGAUACGAAUCUAGAAACUUGGUGUCAGCGACCGAAGUGAACUCUGGGAGUUUUGCAAUAGUGGCCGGAGUUACGGGGAUUGGAAAAACAACAAUGGUGCAAAAGAUUGUUCAUGACUGGGCCACGGGGAAAAUAUACCAACACUUCCAGUUUGUCUUCAGUUUCAGAUUCCGGGAUUUAAACACCAUUAACUCUCAAAUUACCCUGAAAGAAUUGGUUCUGGAACAGUACCCUUACUUUGGGAAUAUCCUGGGAGAGGUCUGGAAGAAUCCAGAUGGAUUGCUGUUUAUAUUCGAUGGUUUGGAUGAAUUCAAGGGCAGAAUCGAUUUUGCUGACAGUCGGAGAGAUACAGAACCUAAGCACCAGUGCCCAGAUCCCGAGUGGUGGUGUGAAGUGUCUGACAUUGUGUACAGUUUAAUCCAGCACAAGCUGCUCCCAGGGUGUUCAGUGCUAGUGACCACCCGUCCAUGUGCACUACAUUUAUUGGAAAAGGCAAAGGUUAGUGUGUGUGCUGAAAUCCUGGGAUUUGUUGGUGAGCAACGGAAGGAAUAUUUCACCAGGCAUUUUGAAGAUCAGUCGGUGGCUGCAGCUGUUUUCAAACACGUGAAAGAGAACGAGAUCCUGUACACCAUGAGCUACAACCCCUCCUACUGCUCGAUCCUUGGCUUGACACUGGGCCCCUUCUUCACACAAAGACAUAAGGACUCUAACCGAGUUCCCAAGACCAUCACCCAAUUAUAUUCCUACUAUAUUUACAACAUCCUGCAAAACCACGGCCCUAAGCCAGAGACUGAGAACCUCCGUGAGGUGUUACUGAGGCUUGGUCAGAUGGCCUUUACAGGUGUAUCGGAGAAGAAAAUUGUGUUUACAGAUGGAGAUUUGGCCAAGUACAAUCUGCAGCCUUCCCAGUUCCUGUCUGGCUUUCUGAUGGAAUUAUUGGACAGAGAUCAUUCUGUUCAGAAUGUGGUGUACACAUUCCCUCACCUCACCAUCCAAGAGUUUGUAGCUGCACUCGCGCAAUUCCUGACUCCAUAUUCUGAGGAUCUUCGGAGACUCCUCACCGAAUCCCACAGCACGACAGACGGGAGAUUUGAGAUAUUUCUCCGGUUUGUUGCUGGUCUCUCCUCCUCAUUGUCAACACGGUGCCUGGGGGAGUUUCUGGGUCCAUUUCCUAAUGAAAUUACCUACCAGGUGAUUGACUGGGUGAAGGAGGAGGUUAAACGCCAGGCUGGAAACGCAGAGUGUGAAGCUGGCAAGAGGAGUCUCCUGAACACAAUGCACUACCUGUUUGAGUCUCAUAAUAGUGGACUGGCUCGGAACGCACUGGGAUCUGUGGAAACACUUUCAUUCAGUGGAUUGCGACUGACCCCGAUUGACUGUGCAGUCCUGUCUCAUGUCAUUGGCUGCUGCGAUACAAUAAAACACCUCGAUUUGGAGAGCUGCCACAUCCAAAGUGAAGGACUACAGCGUCUGGAACCCAGGCUGCAUAAGUGUCACCACUUGCGAUUGGGAAAUAAUGACCUGGGAGAUUCAACCAUGAAGCUGGUGUCUGUCGCUCUGAGGGAUCCGAACUGUGAAAUCCAGAGACUGGGAUUGGGAAAUAAUGGCCUCACCGCUUCUCCAAUUGCCGAAUUUGCCACUGCUCUUGCCGCAAACCGUUCGCUGAUGGAGCUUGAUUUUAAGGAUAACAAACUGGGAGAUGUGGGUGUGAAUCAUCUAUCUGAGCCUCUGAAGAACUCGGAAAAUAAAAUACAGAAAUUGGAGCUGAAAAAUAACAGUUUAACAGCUUCUUGCAUGACGACACUCGUCUCUGCGCUCAGUGCAAAUGGCUCGCUGAUGGAACUGGGACUAGAUAACAAUAAACUGGGAGAUUCGGGAGUGAAACUACUGUGUGCUGCUCUGAGGAACACAGAUUGCAAAAUACAAACUCUAAGGCUAUGUAGUAUCGGUCUGACGGAUUCUGGUGCCAAGGAUCUCGUCUCCGCUCUCAAGACAAACUGUUCUCUGAUAAAUGUUUCUCUGAGUUCUAAUGCACUGGGAACACCCGGAGUGAAGUUGGUAUCUGAGGCUUUGAAGAAUCCAGACUGCAAAAUACAGAAACUGCAGUUGGCCAUGGGAGGUCGUGCUCGCUGGCGAGGCAUUCAGUCGGACAAUGGUCAAGAGGACACAUGUUAUGCUUGCUUUCAUAGUUUAUGGGACGUCGGUCUCACAGAGUCGUGCAGUGAGGAUCUGGCCUCUGCUCUUGUCACAAACUGCUCGCUGAAAGUUCUGUCACUGGGCGAUAACCUACUUGGAGAUCCGGGGAUAAAACGUUUCUCUGAGGCCCUGGGGAACCAACAAUGUAAACUGCAGGAACUGGAGCUGUAUAACAAUGGCUUGACAGAUUCAUGCAAGGAGGAUCUCUCUUCGUGUCUCAGGAAAAUGCAUUCACUGAAAGUUGUGGAUCUGGGAGCAAACUCUUUCACAGACGUAUCUGUUCCCACUCUCCGCCGCCUCAUUGAGAAACGCAAGAAUUUGAAGCAGAUCCAUCCCGUGUGCAUCCCCACCGAUGACCGGCGCUCGGCUCCGGCCGGCACCGAGGCGCCGACAGUCACUGGACAAGGCGAGAGGCGCAGCCGACGGUCCCCGGCCCGCCCAGGAAUAGCCCCCCUGGGAGCUGGAGCCGAGCAGGAGCCAGCGACCCCCCACCCCCUCCCCCUCACGCUGGCUGCAAGUCCAGGGCCACCACCGCUCAGGGCCAGCGCCCUACCAGUCCAGGGCUGCCGACCAACCCGGUGGGACAGGCAGAGACGAGCUGGAGCCAGUGUCUGCCCAGCUCACGCCGGCUGCAAGUCCGGGGCCAGCUCAGGGCCAACCCGGAAAACUCCGGACACUCCCGGACAUAGACGGGACACCCGGGAGGGGACGGGGAAGGUCCAGCAGCAACUUAACAGUGCCCGCAGUGCCAGAGACCCGGGCCCAACCACGGGCGAAACGCAGACCUGCACCCACACAGCAGCACAGCCGUCGAGAAUGUUUGCAGAGAAGCGUUAUGAGUGCGACGUGUGUGGCAAGGUCUGGCUGUACCCGAGCCUGCUGGAGACCUCGAGCGGGUGCACACGGGAGAACGCCCCUUUGAAUGCUCCAACUGCAGCAGGAGAGCAGGUGCUGCAGGUGCACCAGCAGGUGCACAGCAGCGAGCGGCCCUUCAUCUGUUCCGAUUGUGGCAAAGGCUUCAAGAUGUCCAAGCACCUGAAGCACACCCACACCGGGGAGCGGCCCUACACCUGUAGCGACUGCGCCUCCAUGCCUUGUCUCACCAGCGCGUGCACACCAACGGCCAGCUCUACGACUGCCCGUACUGCGGUGAGUCGUGUGAUAGCUCCCGGGGGUUGCGGCAGCACCGGCGGGCUCACGCCGCACCAGUGUACCCACAGCAGUGAGCGCCCCUUCCCCUGCCCAUCCUGUGUUCACGGCUACACCCGCCUUGACCACCUGCUGGAGCACCGGCACGUGCACACUGGCCAGCGCCCUUUCACCUGCCCGCUCUGUGGCAAGGCCUUUGUCCGCUUAUCCAGCCUGCUGGCACACCGCAAUGUGGAUAGGCACUGUUUAGUCACGGAUGGUAAUCAUUGGGCGAGGCUUGACCCGCCCAUGACGUUCGAGAAGGGGCGGGACAUAGCGGGCCUGUUCUUUCCCAUUGGUUGUGGAGAAUGUCAGUCUGCGGCACCAUCCAAUGGCGGAGGAAGACGUGAUGACGUGAUGACGUGCGCCGUCGCCAGCAGCCGCUCCCCGACUUGGACGGCAGCAAAGAUGGACGACAGUGUCUUGAGGGUAUAUGAGACAAGCUGCCGGUCUGCUCUGCUCAUUCCCUGUAUAGUGUCAGCCCAGAACUUCAGGGCCGGUGAUUGUGCAACGCAAAGGAUACGCAACAAACAGAAGGAAGGCCCGGCAGUUUCAAGAAUAAAAAUGGACACAGAUACAAUAUCUUCUCUAACUGAGCUGCUGGAGAAGUGGGAAGAUUCUCAGCUGGUCCAAUUGACAAAUUAUUACCGGAAGGGACUUGAACAGGCGAUUGAACAAACGGUGGAGAAAGUCGGCCUCAUCCUAAUAUACGAGAGACAUUUCAGUGGGCAAGAAUAUGAGCAAAUCGUUCAGCGCACGGAGAGAGGAAGCCAUGCCGCCGGUUCCAAGCUCCUGCUCGGACUGGUGACGGGAAAGGAGCCCCCGGUUCAAAAACAGAUCUGGAAAUGCUUCGUGAAAAUGCAACACGUUUUCCCCAAAUUGGGCAAAAUGCUUAAAGAAGUGGAGGAAAAAGGUUCUGACCUCAUAGAAUCUUUCAAAGCGAUGCAAGUUGUCUUGGAAUUACCGGCUUACUUGAAAGAUCUUCAACAGAAGCACAAGGAAACUUUGUGCGAACAGACCGAAACGGUGAAAGAAAACACGAUCCUGACGAAGGAGAAGGUUAAGAUUUUCCAACUGGUUGAUCGAUACGCUGAACUCACUGUCAUUUCAAGUGUUCGAAGCCGGACACUGGUGGAACACGAGCUGCUGGCAAGAGGACAUGACCAUGAGGAAUGGAGAGAAGAACAUCUCAAAGGAGUGUUGGAAAAAAUUCGGACAGAUGAGUUAUUCCAGCACAGCUAUUCCCGGAGUAACACCGGAUCUGGCAGUUCGACAGCAGUGGCUGGAGUCCCAGGGAUCGGAAAAACAACAAUGGUUCAAAAGAUUGUUUAUGAUUGGGCCAUGGGAAAAAUAUACCACCAUUUUCAAUUUGUCUUUAGUUUCAAGUUCCGCGAUUUAAACACAAUUACGUGCAAAAUAAGUCUAAAUGAACUGAUUCUGGAUCAGUAUCCGUACUUUGGUAAUAUGCUAAGAGAAAUUUGGAAAAACCAAGUAGGAUUGCUGUUUAUAUUUGAUGGUUUGGAUGAAUUCAAGGAUAGAAUUGAUUUUGGUGACAGUCAGAGAGACAUUGACCCUCAGCGCACGUGCACAGAUCCCCAAUUCCGGUGUAAAGUGUCCGAUAUUGUGUACAGUUUAAUCCAACACAAGCUGCUCCCGGGGUGUUCAGUGCUAGUGACCACCCGCCCCGCUGCGUUACAUUUAUUGGAUAAGGCGGAGAUCAGCGAUUGGACUGAAAUCCUGGGAUUUGUUGGUGAGGAACGGAAGGAAUAUUUUAACAUGUUCUUUGAAGAUCAGACGGUGGCAGCAGCCGUUUUCAAACACGUGGAGGAGAACGAAAUCCUGUACACGAUGACCUACAAUCCUUCCUACUGUUGGAUUCUCGGACAGGCUCUGGGCCCCUUCUUCAUGAAAACACUCGGUCACUCGUAUCGGAUUCCCAAGACCAUCACCCAAUUAUAUUCCUCCUAUAUUUACAACAUCCUAAAAAACCACAGCCGUGAGAUUGAGAGCCCCUGUGAGACGUUAGUGAGGGUUGGCCAGAUGGCCUUCACAGGAGUGGCUGAAAAAAGCAUUGUGUUCACGGAUGAAGAUUUGAGCAUGUACAAACUGCAACCUUCCCAGUUCCUGUCUGGGUUCCUGAUGGAGCUUUUGGAGAAAGAGGACUGUGCCCGGAGCAUGGUGUACACAUUUACACAUCUCACCAUCCAAGAGUUUGUAGCCGCACUUGCGCGUUUCUUGACGCCAAAUGCACGGGGCAUCCAGAAACUCCUCACUGAAGCUCACUGCUCGACCGACGGGCGUUUUGAGGUAUUUCUCCGUUUUGUCGCUGGUCUCUCCUCCCCAUUGUCAGCUCGGCCACUGGAGGAGUUGCUGGGUCCAUUUACUCAUGAGACAACCUGCCAGGUGAUUGACUGGGUGAAGGAGGAGGUUAAACGUCAGACUGGAAAUGCUGGGAGUGAAGCUGGAAAAAGGAGCCUCCUGAACACGAUGCAUUAUCUGUUUGAGUCUCAGAAUCAUGCACUAGCUCAGCAGACACUGGGACUUGUGGAAACAAUUUCAUUUGGUGGACUGCGGCUUACGCCAAUUGAUUGUGCUGUUCUGUCUCACGUUAUUUGGUUCUGUGGCACGAUUAAAUGCCUCAAUCUGGAGCACUGCCUCAUUCAAUGUGAAGGACUCCAGCGGCUGGAACCCGUACUGCACAAGUGCCAAGAGUUGGGAUUGGGGGCCAAUGACCUGGGGGAUUCCGGAGUGAAACAUGUGUCUGCGGCUUUGAAGAGGCCGGACUGCAAAGUAGAGAAAUUGCGGCUGCUCAGGAACCAUCUUGCUCCUCCUUGCGCCAAGGAUCUGGCCUCCGGUCUCUGCGCAAACCGUUCCCUGACGGAGCUGAACCUCAGUGACAAUGAAUUGGGAGAUUCUGGUACGAAACUGGUGUGUGCGGCUCUGAGUAACACUGGCUGCAAAAUACAAAAAUUGUG